AAGAUAAGGCCACAAAUAGGGAACAGCUGAGCUGUUGUCGUACCCAUCGGUUUUUUCUGCAUCCUCAUCGUCACAUCCCCCCCCCCCUCUUUCCUUUUCCGUCCACCUCUGUGCGCGGAUUUGUCGGGAUUUGCGCUCACCUUUCCCCGCAGUCACCCCUAUCUCCGUGCCCGCCCUUGCCUUGCCCCUCCCCCUGCCCUUCCCCUCCCUCUCCCCUCCCUUCCCCAUAUUAUGACGGGCGCCCGAGGCUGGAGGUUAGUCGCCGGAUCGCAUCAGCGGGGAGCGCAUCUCGAGACGGACAACAACAAGCAGUGGACCCUCAGCGAGGCGUGCAGCUCGACAUGGAGAGCGUCUGGCAGGGCAGGGCGGCCGCGGCCUUCGUGCUGCUGUCGGUCUUGUGCAACUGGAUGACCGGCGCGGCCACUGCGGGCUGGGCCCGCGUCGUCGGCGUCCUGGUCGCCUUCCUGGUCACCGUCGUGUUCCAGCACUGGCGGCGCCUUUACGCCAUCCUCAGGGUCCUCCCCAGGGACAUCAGGUUCCUCUACGUCUUCCUGCGCUCGUCCACGACGUGGAGGCGCUUCGCGCGCGACAACGAGACCAUGGUGAGCGUGUUCGAGCGCAACGUCCGCGAGGCGCCCGACGCGCCCUGCUUCCUGUUCGAGGACCAGACGUGGACGUACCGCGACGUGGACGCCUACUGCAACCGGGUGGCGCGCGCCUUCCAACGGGCCGGCCUGCGCCGCGGCGACGUGGUCGCCCUGGUGCUGGACAACCGCAUCGAGUACAUCUGCGUGUGGCUGGGCCUGGCCAAGCUGGGCGCCGUCACGGCCCUUAUCAACCGGAACCUGGUGGACGCGCCGCUCGCGCACACUAUCAACACGGCCCGGGCGAAGGUCGUGCUCUUUGGGGAAGAGUAUGCCGCCGCCGUCCAGGGCGUGCGCGCCGACCUCAGCACGGUGGAGAGCUUCUACCAGUUCGGGGGCGGCGCCCAGGACUGGUUCGCCGACCUGGAACCGCUGCUGGCCGCCGAGAGCACGGACAAGCCGGUCGUGGACUUCACCCCGGGCCACUGGGACCACCUCAUGUACAUCUACACCUCGGGCACGACGGGGCUGCCCAAGGCCUCCAUCGUGACGCACGGGCGGACGCUGUUCUGGCCCAUGGGACUGUUCCGGGUGGUCGGCAUGGACCCCGCCCGCGACGUGUUCUACUGCUCGCUGCCCAUGUACCACGCGGCCGGCGGCGCCUACGCGGCCAGCCUCGCGCUCGCGCACCGCGUGCCCGUCGCCUUCGCGCCCAAGUUCUCCGCCUCCAAGUUCUGGACAGACUGCGCGCGCCACAAUGCCACCAUCGCCCACUACAUCGGCGAGCUGUGUCGCUUCCUGGUGCUGUCCCCCGAGAGCCCCGCCGACAAGCAGCACAAGGUGCGCAGCCUCGUGGGCAACGGCAUCUCCCCCGCCGUGUGGCGCCGCGUGCGCGAGCGCUUCGGGGUGCCGACCGUCAUCGAGUUCUACGGCUCCACCGAGGGCAACGUCAUGCUGGUGAACAUGGACCAGAAGAUCGGCGCCCUGGGCUUCAUCCCGCAGCUGAUGCCGCGCUUCACCUGGCCCUACGAGCUGGUACAGGUGGACGAGGAGAGCGGCGAGCCCGUCCGGGACGACCACGGCCACUGCGUGCGCUGCGAGCGCGGCGAGCCCGGCAUGCUCAUCGGCAAGGUGCGCGAGGACACCGUCCACAGCCAGUUUGCAGGCUAUCUGGACCGGGAGGCGUCGGAGAAGAAGGUCCUCAGGGACCCGUUUGGCAACGGCGAGAAAUAUUUCAUGACGGGUGACAUGGUCGUAAUGGACGCGUACGGCUACAUCUACUUCAGGGACAGAAUGGGCGACACGUUCAGGUGGAAGGGCGAAAACGUGUCGACGGCCGAGCUGGAGGCGGUAAUGACGCGCCUGCUGCUGGCGCGCGGCGUGCGCGAGGUGGCCGUGUACGGCGUGACGGUGCCCGGCGCCGAGGGCCGCGCCGGCAUGGCGGCCAUCGCGGACCCCGAGCGCCGCGCCGACCUGCGCGAGCUGGCCGAGGGCCUCAGGGGCAGGCUGCCCGCCUACGCGCGCCCGGUGUUCGUCCGCGUGGCCGACUCGCUGCCCAUGACGGGCACCCACAAGGUGAGCAAAGUUCAGCUGCAGCGCCAAGGUUUCGAUCCGGCCACCUGCCCAGACCCCGUGUUCGUCGCACGCGGUGGCACCUACGAGCCCGUUACCGAGGCUGUGAUGACUGCUAUUACAGAGGGGAAAAUGAGACUAUGAUCGCCACUCUGCAUUGUAUGUUAUUUUUAUUUUUUCUUGAGUGACCUCUGUUUUUCAUGGAAAAACUUACGCCCAUUUUUAUUUUGAAGCAAUUGUAGUUUUUUAUCAAUUUUAUUUUUGUAGUGUGAAGGAAUGAGAUUCUAGUCUUUUUCAAGGUCUUAGGGUUAAGGAUGAUGACUGGAAAAAAUGCGCCCAUUUCAUGGGUAUACCUGAAUCUUAAAUUGUAAUUUAAUGACGAGACAGUCUUACAUUAGAAAAUUGUGAUAUACGAUAACUUUCAUACUUUAAUUUUGAUGUGAACUACGUAGAUUUAAUUUAACAUUAAGUUUUUAAUGACUAAUAAAAACGUUUUAAAAUUUUAAAA